AAUUCGUUUUCAUACUGCCCAUUUAACACAUUCGGCACCUGAAGAUUUUGUAGUUAUUUUUUCUUAAAAAUCGUAACUUUUUAAAGGAAGAUUUAAAUAAACAAUAAAAAUCAGACAUGGCACUUAAUAUGUUACUACGCAAUGCUACCAAAUUCAACAGUGCUGCUGGCUUGAUGAAAUCUGCCCGUUUGACCCCCUUGAAGACCUAUGCUACAGUAGUUGCUGCUCAGCGUAAUGCAUUAGUUAAACCAUUGAGUUUGGUUAAAAAUGCUGCACCUGUUACCCGUAGCAUUGCAUUGAGUGCUCCUCGUAUGUCUGCUGAGGGUGGUAGUCACACAGCUUUGUGGUCAAUUGAACGUGGUGUUUCUGUAGCCCUCUUGGCUGUUAUUCCCGCAGCCUUUUUGUUGCCUUCCCAAACUAUGGACGCUUUGUUGGCCGUAUCAUUAGUCUUGCAUACCCAUUGGGGUAUUGAAGCUAUGGUUACCGAUUAUGUGCGUCCUGCUGUCGUAGGCAAUGUUUUACCUAAGGUUGCUCAUGGAUCUCUAUUAUUGAUUUCAAUGGCCGCUUUGGGCGGUCUUUUCUACAUGAUCUACAAUGACAUCGGCAUUGCAAAGUCUGUUAAGAAACUGUGGGCCGUUAAGGGUGUUUAAGAAGAUUUAAAAUUCAGAUGCCAUCUUUUGUGAAAAUUUACUUUGUUACACAUCUUAAUUAAUAUAACUAGAAUUUAGCUGCAUUUGUAGCUAAAAAUAAUGGUAAAAGUACUAUAUAUUUGUUGUUUUAAGUUCAAAAACUGAGUCUGUAGAAAUUCAAUAUGAUAUUCGACUAAUAAUAAAUUAAUGAAACGAAUGGAAAUUUUCAAUUGCA